CACUUCUGCACUUUUUGCUCUGUAUUUAUUAUCUCUCGGGUUUUAAUUGGAUUUUUUUUCCCCCUCCUGCAGUUUUAAUCCAUAUAUUUUUUUUUAGUCCCUGCGGUGUUACUUGGAUUUGAUCCCAGUCCUGUCGCCAGGUUUAUAAUAAAAGUUCGCUUGCGGAGUUUCAGAAAGUUCAUUACAAAAUCCAUCCUUCAACCAUGGACACAGAGGCAAGCCGUUUGGAGAGGGAUCAUGUCCACAGUGUGUAUGAAAAGAUUGCCCCUCACUUCAAUGACAUUCGCUAUAAGGCUUGGCCCAGAGUGCGACAGUUUCUGCUAGAACAACAAUCCAGUAGCCUCAUUGCUGACAUUGGCUGUGGAAAUGGGAAAUACCUCAAUAUCAACAAUCAGGCCUACAAAGUAGGUUGUGAUUACUGUCUGCCCCUGGUAAAAUCUGCAAAGGAACAGGACUAUGAAGUAAUGGUGUGUAAUGGCCUCCAUUUACCUUAUCGAGAUCAAUGUUUUGAUGCCAUUCUAUCUAUAGCAGUAAUACACCACUUCUCCACGAAAGAACGUCGCAUUCAAGCAAUAAAGGAAAUGGCAAGGACUUUGCGAGUAGGCGGGAAAGUAAUGAUCUACGUGUGGGCGAUGGAGCAAAAGAGACGCAAGUUUGAGAAGCAAGAUGUUUUUAUCCCUUGGAAUCCUAUACUUCCACCUUCCAAAUCAUCAGAGACAAAGACUGGUAGUUCAGUCCAUCCCGGUGAUGGUGAAAAGCAUUUUCAGCCUUUCAGUUCAAAUAACCUGCUGAGCCUUGAGCACAGUAACUGUGACAAGCACCAAAAAACAAACUGCACAACUUCUGUGGGGAUGGCGGAUGUGCUACUUGUUGAAAAAUUCUUAAAGUUCUGUUUAUUUUCUCAAUCAACAAGUUCCGUAAUGCAGUUUGGCAGCAACAGCAACUCAAAGACUCCCAAAGGGCCUUGGACUUUUCAGGAUUACACCGGAUUACAGUUAUUUGAUGUAAAUAGUGGUGUAGUGGCUUUUGAACAAAAUAAAACUGUCAGUGUUGCAAAGUUCCCUUAUGGCCUGUUCUCAUACAGACAAAAUUUUGAAGAUGUUUUUACAUUUCUUUCGGAGUCGAGAUCGCCGAGCCAACACAACAACACAGAGACCCGAACCCGAUUCUUUGACUUUCCAAGUGCAGGACCACUUCAAAUUCCUGAGUCUUCCACAACCAUAUUUCAGGGCUGCUCUACAGUCUCCUUGCCUGACCUUGCUUCGCAGACUAUGCUCCAAUCUGAGCUCCACCGUUCCCCCUUAGAAAACGGAUCAACUGCUUCUAGCCAAGAGAAUAAGGUCCCCAGUACACAUCAACAAUUACAGAGAUCUUCAGCAGUGGACUCAAGUGACUGGUCUUUGCAGAGUAAGAAAUUAGCAAAAGAGAAAAAUGAACAAAUUAGUUACGAUGAUGCCUGCCUCAGAUAUUAUCAUGUUUUCAAGCAAGGGGAACUUGUGGAGCUCAUAGAAAAGCACAUUGAAGACUUGCAUGUCAUUCAGACUUACUACGAUCAUGCUAAUUGGUGCGUAGUUGCAGAAAAACUUACGAUCUGGAGAAGUUAAAGCUUACGUUACAAUCGCAACCUGUGGAUAUUAUUUCAAAACAGUUACUGUACAUGCUAUUAUGCCUUUUAAAAAUGCCAAUAGUGUUAAUGCUUGAAUGUAUGCACUGCCAAAAUGGUUAUGAAUAUGUUGUGUUAUAGUUCAAGUUUAAUUUACUGUAGUUUUGUUUUCAUGUGAAUUGACAGCAGUUUUAUACUAUUUAAGAUGGCACAUUCAUAGCCAUACUAACUUAUUUUUCAGCUAAAAUAAAGUC